GGGGGAGGGGAGUGAGGGAGAUUUGUGUGUAAUCUUCUCAUACAAUGCUCCUCCGAUCACUGGGGCCCAUGACUGUCCUCGGGGGGCCCCGUAUAGAUGAGUGCGGCCGAGGAGGGCCCGGACCCCGCUGAGGACAGCCUGGAAGCCGUCAUACAGAAGUUGACCCUCCGGGUCCUCGGCAUUCCGGAUCAGAGGUCCCUCACUGUCCGCGGUGACAUCAUCAACCCCGUGCCACGCCCCCUUUCGCUUCGUAUCCGACAGAUCGUAACGCAGAACCUCAGUCCCCCCCCGGAGCCAGGUGACACCGCAGACAUGUCCUCCCUCCUCUCCGUACAAGAGGAGAAUCGCAUCCUGCAGCAAGAGCUGUCCCGGGUGGAGGAUCUCCUGGCGCAGAGCCGCGCAGAGAGGGACGAGCUCGCCAUCAAAUACAACGCCAUCAGCGAGAGGCUUGAGCAGACGCUACGAUUGGACAGCGGCGAGCGUGAAAGAGACUCCCUGGAGACGCGGAGCCUGGCGCAGCAGAAUGUAGAGCUCAGGCGGCGGCUGGAGGAAGAACAAGCCGCAUAUAAGCGAAAGCUUCAAGCCUACCAGGAGGGUCAACAGCGGCAAGCCCAGCUGGUCCAGAAGCUGCAAGCCAAGGUUCUGCAGUACAAGAAGCGAUGUGGAGAGGUGGAGCAGCAGUUGUUGGAACGAUCGACAGAGCUGGAGCACGAACGUCUUAGUAGCCGCCUGGAGAUGACCGACUCGCGGCUGCGGCAGGAGGAGGAGACCAGCAACGAGCUGGAGAACGCACUCAUACGCAUGGAGGAGGAGCAACAGAGGAGUUCCAGCCUCACCCAGGUGAACGCCAUGCUGAGAGAGCAGCUGGACCAGGCCAACGCCGCCAAUCAGGCCCUGAGUGAGGAUCUGCGCAAGUUGACAAACGAUUGGACCAAAGCUCGCGAUGAGCUGGAGCAGAAAGAGAGCGAAUGGAGGAGAGAGGAAGAGUCCUUUAACUCGUACUUCAGUAAUGAGCACAGCCGGCUGCUGUCGCUAUGGAGACAGGUCGUCGGGUUCCGCAGACACUUCAGUGAGAUGAAAACGAUGACGGAGAGGGACCUGACGCUGAUCCAGAAGGAAAUGUCGCAGUCUUGCCGCACUCUUCACGCCUCCUGCCUGAACGUCAGCGGGUCCCACCGGCUGGCGGAGAAUAACGGCGUCGCCGCGGUGGAGAGGCAGGCGCUGCAGGUGGCCCAGCUGGACGAGCAGCUGAAGGACAAAGUGCGGCAAAUGAUCCAGCUGCAAGCGGCGUACGACGCGGAGAAGGCGGAGCUUAGCGCCAGGGCGGCAGAACUGAGUAAGACCAUUGAGCGUCUGCAGAGCGACAGCAAGGAAAAAGACCUUCAGAUCAGGAGCCUGCAGGAGAAGGAGAGGAGUGAGAUGAAGGAGCAGAACGUGCUGGUCUUCGAGGAGAUGGAAGCACUGAAGGCCGAGAGAGAAUUUCUACAGGAGACCCUCCGAGAACUCACCCAGGCGGUGCUGAGCGACGCGGACAGCGGCCUGCAGAUCUCCAGCGACAGGACGUCGGAGUUCAUAGAGAGCGAGGGUCCGGGGCUCAGCCUGAGGGGUCUCUCCAGCAGCCUGCGCACCUCCUCCCCCAUCCGCCGCUCUUCCCCGCACCGCAGCUCCUCGCCAAGACGCAGCCUGUCCCCGGCGUUCCGGGACUCGGCACUCUCCGCCGUGCACUCCGCUGUACAGAGGAGACAGCUGCAAGUGCAGGAACUGCGAGGGCGUCUGGAGACCGGACAGGAGACGGUCGGUGCGCUGCGCAAACAGCUGAGCGACGGCGAGGACGAGCGACACGCCCUGGAGCAGAAAAUCGCCCAAACGCAGCAAGAGCUGGACAUUACCAGCGUUGCCAAGGACGACGCCGAGCGCACCGUCUGCAGACUGCGCAACAACCUCGAGCAGAUCAACAGUGAGCGUUCUGCGCUGGAACGGAACAUCCAGAAUCUUCAGGAACAGCAGGAGACGCAGCGACAGGAGGCGGAGAAACUGCAGCUAGCCAACAGCGACCUGCAGCGGCAGAGAGACCUCCUGCAAGAGGAGAAGGAGGACACCUGCCAGGACCGCAGCAGGGUGCUGCGCGAGGUGGAGAGAGGGCACAAGGCCCAGGAGCAGUUGGAGGUGAAGCUGUCCACACUACGGAAGGAGCUGGUAGUGGUGAAGGAAGCUCUGCAGCAGUCCAGCCUGGAGAAGGAAGUGUCUGACGCGGAGAAGGCUGACAUUUCCCAGGCCCUCUCUAAGGCCGAGACCAGCCGGGCUGAGCUGGAGUUGGCACUCAACCGGCAGAGGACAGAGGAGGCCACCCUGCGAGAUGCUUUAUCCAAGAUGAGUGCAUUGAACGAGAGUCUGGCCCAUGACAAGAUGGAGCUGAACAAGUUCAUCGCUCAGCUGGAGGAAGACCGCUCCACCUUGCGUGGGCAGAAGCACGAGGUGGAGCAAGAGAAGGCCUCCAUUCGGGAUGAGCUAGUGCGGCUGGAGCAGGAAAAGCUGGAGCUGGACACAGAGCGUUACGGCCUGGAUAACUCCCUGCAGGCCAUGGAGCAAACGGGCGAGAAACUCCUUCAGGAGCUCCAAUCCCUCCGAAAGGAGAAAGCGCAUUUUCAGGAGCAGCUGGGGCAGGUAACACGGCACAGGAACUCUCUGAGCGAGGAGCUGGUGCAGAGCCGGAAGGAGGUGGAGCAGUAUAGUGAGAGUCUCCUCCGGGGCUCCAGAGAGAAGGAGGUUCUGAUGAAGGACAAGGGCAACCUGGUGGUGCAGCUCACCGCGUGCGAGCGCGAGAACCGAACGCAGUCAGAAGAAAUAGCUGCUCUAAGGACAGACAAGGAGUCUCUGGAGACGACGCUCUUUGAUGUGCAGCAACAACUGACCCACGUCACGUCCCGAAAGGAGCAGCUGGAGGCCGAGAAUCGGAGUCUGCGGCUGGCUAAGGAGGCUCUGCAAGCGGAGGUCGUCUCUUUGCGCCGACAAUUGGAGGCCGAGGUCACCAAACUGGAGCGGGACAAGGAGGCCCUCAGCCUGCAGCUGGUCCAGGCGGAGAAGGAAGCUCACAGCGCCCUGAAGAGCGAACACGAAGCUCAUGAGGAGGACAUGGAACGCCUGCUGAGGGAGAAGGAAGCGCAGCGCCUGGAGCUGGAAUCGGAUAAGGAGCAAUUAUUCCAUCGCCUGACGCAGGAGCGGGAAGAGUUACUGGCCAAAUACGAGAUGGAACGCGAGGAGAUGAGCGAUGAGAUCACAACUCUGCAGCAGGAGCGCGAUGACAGCCUCUUACAGGCCGAGAACGAGAAGCAGCAGGCUCUGUCCCUAAAGGAGUCAGAAAAGGCCUCUCUGAGCGAGAAGCUAAACAACACGCAGCACACGCUGACCGCACUAAGCCUGGAGAUGGAGCGCCAGAAACGGGAUCACCAGAGCAGACAGGAGCAGGACCGGAGCACCAUCAUUAAUCUGAGCUCCGAGGUGAAAACCCUGCAGGAGAAGUACGAGGAAUCGCUGACAUCUCUAGAUAGAGAGCUAAAGAGACUCAACGAGCAAAUCCGAGAGACGGGGAAACAGCGGGAGGCGGCACUGCGCGAGGUGGAUGAACUGAAGACUCAGCUCUGUGUAGUCGAAGACGGCCGGGACGCCGUGCGGCGGGAGCUGAUCGAGGCCCACCGGCGGGUGCGCGAGAGUCACGAGGCGGCGGAGGUACAGAAGAAGGAGGCCCAGGACCUGCGCAGGUCUCUCGGCGACGAGUCCAAAGAGAAGGAGGCGGUGCAGAGGUCCAACGAGGAGCUGCGUGGAGCGGUACGCCGGGCGGAGAGCGAACGCAUUAGUCUGAAACGGGCCAACGAAGAGAAGGAGCAGAGGCUGUCUGUGCUGGAGGAGGCCAGAGCCGCCACAGAGAAGGAGGCCACCGAUCUACGCGGCAACCUGCGGGAGGUGGAGAGGUCGCGUCUGGAGGCGCGGAGAGAACUGCAGGAUCUGCGGCGGCAGCUGAAGGUUCUGGAUGACGAGAGCACAAAGCGCAGCCGAGACUUGGCGGAGGCGCAGGCGCGCCUUUCUAUGUGCGAGCAGCGAGAGGAAGAUCUGCGCAAAGACAACUUCUCCUUAAAGCAGAAGCUGGUGGAGACGGAAAGCGGCCGGGAAGCCGCCAGGAAGGAGCUUGGCACGCUGCAGAGGAAGCUGACCGAGGUGGAGAGCGACUUUGGCCUGCGGGAAAAGGAACUCCAGGGCAGCUUGGAGGAGGCUCGGGGCAACGAGAAGAAACUGCUGGACAACACCCGCAACCUGGAGAUUAAAGUCGCAGCAUCGCAGGAGGAAGUGGCUCAGCUGAGCCUGAAGCUGAGCGCCAGCGAGGGGCGGGUCAACGGGCUGGAGGUGGAGCUGGCACGCCUGGAAGGACAGAAGAGGGAGACAGAAUACAAACUCAGCAGCCUGCACUCCGCUCUGAGGAGAACUCUUGGGAUUGGCCGAGCAGGACGCACGCCGAGUCCGGCCGUCAGGGGGCGCAGUAGCUCACCCCGCAGAGUGUUCUCCCCACUAAAAGGAUUUGAUAAUACAUACACAACAACUACUGACGGACGAGGCAGCCCCAUCCCCCGUACAGGCAGCCCGGAGCGCAGCCGCACCCCGGAUCGCUCCGCCUCUCCUACGCGAGGGGAGCAACCGUCAGCCGAUAUCGACCCCGAGGUCAUCCGCACCGCCCUGCGAGACUUCCUGCAGGAACUCCGGGACACUCAGAGAGAGAGGGAUGACCUGCGUACUCAGCUGGGAACGGCGUCCCGGCAGCUGGUGGAGGUCGAGGCCGAGCGAGACGGAGCGACUACACGAGUUCAGCAGCUGCAGAAAGUGUUGUCGGAGAUGGAGGAGGGUAAGCGCGGCGUGGACUGUAAGCUCAGCAAUACCCAGACCACCCUCAUCCUGCAGGAGGAGACUCUGCGACGCACUGAGAGGGAGCGCAGGUUGGCCCUUGAGAAAGCAGCCAGCUUGGAGCGCAGCCUGCAAACGGCAGAGAACGAGCACAGGGCGGCCCAGGAAAAACUCAAUAAAUCAAAGCCAAUGAGGCCAAGCUGGACGGCGACAAGCGGCGGUCUGAAAGAAGUGCUGGACGCCGCCGAGAACCGGAACACCAAACUGGAGGUUUCCCGCCGGGGCCUGGAGGGGGAGCUGCAGAGGGUGAAACUGGUGCUGGGCGACCGAGAGGUCGAAAUACAGGAACUGCAGCAGCGGGUAGAAAAACUACAGAGACAGUUGGCGGACAGCGAGGGGAAAGUGAGUACCCUGCAGCUCUGCGUGGAGCGUCUGAACGCGACUCUGGGGAAGGUUCAGGAGAGCGAGUCCUCCUUGAAGGAGAAGAUCCAGAGUCUGACCAGCUCCCUCUCCGAAUGUAAUUCCACCUCCAGCUCCUCCCACGAGAAGGUCGGACAACUGCAGAAGCUGCUGACCGCCAGCGACCACGAGAGGCGCAUCCUGCAGGAACGUCUGGAAGCGGCGCGGCUGGCUGUGUCGGACGGGAAGAAGCAGAACGCGGCGUUUCUCGAGCAAAUUCAGGAGCUGCGACGAGGUGGCCGAGGGAGAACUUCAACGGAUGGAGAUGGAGGGACAAGUGCGACAAAUGCAGGAGCUCCUGCGACAGCGUCAGGAGAGCGAAG